AUGGCCCGCAUUUCCCCUAGAGGAACCUUUGCUGGUGGCGCGUCUGCUAUACCGUCAAGCCCAGCACCUAACGCUAGACCACGAUCAAUUUCACGUGCUGCCAGCCCAUCCGCAUUUUUCGGCGCAAAGAAGCCACUACCAGCAUCAGAGCGACCUUCAAUUAACGACUUCUUCAACCCGGUUAAGCGUAUGAAAAAGGAAGCAACCACGCAGAGCAGUAAAGACUACGCAUUUAAUGGCGGAAUUCCUCCAGCGUAUCGAACUCCACCUACAUGGGAGGUUGCUCCGAUCAAUGCCGAGAAGACUUACGCUGAUAUGUUUAAAACUCCUACACCUGCACCCUCGGCUUACCCGCAACGGGCUGCAUCUAAUCCUCAAAUACCACAUCAACAUCAGCUGCCGUUCCACCUUCAGCACGGUGUUCCUCCAACCACGGGCCCUCCUCAAGCCCAUCCUCAUCCCCACCCACAAUCACACCACCCCUCAGCGCCCCCACACUUUGAUGAUCACCAUCGUAUGCACAUUUCUGCUUCUACCUCACAAGUAUACCCGUCCCCCCGACUGCAGCAAACCCACGUGGCAUACCAUUCUCCUAUGGGACAUCAUGCACAGCUCGCAUAUGGACAACCUGUUCCGCAGUUGUACACCGGCCAGGGUCCCCAAUCUGCUCACAUGCGACACUAUCCCGGUGGUCCACAGUUUGUUCACCCGCAAACCGGCAUGGGGGCACCAAUGAUGGCCCAGCAACCUUCAAAUGGCCCUUAUGCUGGUAUGCCACAAGGUAUGGGCGUCCCAUACAAUCCCCAGAUGCCGAUGUACUCUCCAAAUGCCGGCCAUGCCUACCCUCAGCAUGUACCACCGCCUCCUCAGCCACACAGUGGCUACCCCAGCCCAAGCCGAGGGGCACCUAUGAUGAUGCAUCAGGGCUCUCAACAGGGCCACCCGUCUCAACCUAUCAUGUUUUAUGAAUUCCGGCCAACAUGGACAACCCGUGUACGGCCCACAGCAACCAGGCCACAUACGUUCUGGGUAAUCCUCACAUCAGCAGUUCUUCAUUUCAUUUCAAGGCCCUCAUCAAACACAUCAUUUACUCACAUAACCAACACAGGCGCUCAAAAAUCAUAA